UUCUUCCCCAUGUCCAUGUCAUCUACCCUUGCCCUCACUCCCGCCGUGGCCGUCGUCUUUGUCCUCGCCCUUGCUGCGCAGGCCACGGCAGCUUCCCUCGACCCAGCGUACUACGACGGGACAGCAAGCUUUGCUUCAGGCGACUACGUGCUGUACUGGAAAGUGCACGCCACGUCGGUGGAGAUUGCUCUGGAUGCUGCGACGACCGGAUGGGUUGGCUUUGGUCUCUCGGAGCCGACGUCGGGCUCCAUGCCGGGCUCAGACAUGGUGGUGGCGUCGGUCGACGGCUCGUCGGGGGUCGUCACAGUUCGCGACAUGCACGCGCUGGGCUUCUCUACGCCGACCGAGGACGCCGCGUGCUCCGACUGGGUCAUUGUCAACGGCUACGAGGCAGGUGGGCGGACGGUAGUUGAGCUUGUCCGCGCCAAGGAGACCGGCUCGCCGCAGGAUCGUCCCUUUGUCGAGGGCAACAUGCAUGUGGUGUGGGCGUUUGGGAGCUCAGACACGCUGACGUACCACGGUGCCAACCGCGCCACGAACCAGGUCACCUUUUGGGGUGAGAGCUACGUCCGUCCGGUCGGUCUCACCACCCUUGAGCUCCGCCACGCUGAUUUUCCGGUUCCGUCCAUCAAAACCCACUACGAGGAGACGCUCUUUGCGCUCCCCAACGAUCGGCCGUAUCAUCUUGUCGAAAUCGAGCCUGUCAUUGUCCAGCCCAAGUACGUCCAUCACAUGGUGUUCUACUUUUGCACCGGGCCCACGCUCGGUGAGUGCUGGGACCUUGUGGGCGCCUGGGCCGUCGGCGGGCCGUCGACUGUCACUCCCGAAGUCGCGGGCUUCCGCUUCGGUGCAGGCACCACCAUCACCCACCUCCGCAUCCAGUUCCACUAUGACAACCCGACCAACACUCCGGGUGUGACUGACUCGUCCGGCGUCCGCAUCCACUACACUGACAUCCUUCGCGAGCACGACGCCGGCGUCCUCUGGAUCGGCGAUCCGGCCGUCCGGCUCCCGGCCAUCCCGGCCGGCGAGGCCGCCUUUCACUACGAGACAACGUGCCCAUCGGAGUGCACAUCUCGCUGGACGCAGCCUCUCAACGUCUUCACCGUCUUCCUCCACAUGCACUCGGUCGGCAAGACCAUUUGGACAACUGUCCAUCGCGCCGGCGAGCGCGUGCCCGAGGCCGAGGAUCGCAUUGAGUUCUGGGACUUCAACCACCAGCAACUGACCACCGUCAACUACACUCUCCAACCUGGUGACGAGAUCAACGUCCACGGCGUGUUUGACACCACCGGCAAGUCGGCUCCCGUGGUCUUUGGCACCGCCUCCGACGAGGAGAUGCUCAUGAGCUUCCUCUCUUACUAUCCUGCCCAGACCGGCAUUUGGCAGUGUGGCUACUUUCCCAGCGCCUCGGACCCGAACAACACCGACUGGACGCUCUGCCAGUCCGACGUUCUCGACAUCCGCCAGCCCAAGGUCGCCGACCCGCCCGGCGGCGAGAUCAUCACCUUUGGCGCCACGCCCGGCACCUGCGCUCCGCUCGCCACCAUUCCGCCAUCCCGCCCGCAAACAACCUCGUCGCCGGCAGCCUCCCCUCCACCGCCGCCGUCUACCUCGACCCCGACCUCGACUGCCGCCGCCACCCAAGGCUCGUCCUCACCAUCGGGAUUCUCGUCGUCGACCGGCAUGCUGAUCGCCGCCGGUGUCGGCGGCUUUGUCAUCAUUCUCUUCCUUGUCGGCGGCGUUGCCGCCUUUCUGAAGUUCCGGUCCUCGUCCUCCUCGACUGCCGGCACAAACGCAGACGCUAAGAACGCCGUCGCUCUCGAAGCCAUUUGA